AUGACUCCCACAAACACGACACUAGUUGACUGGCUCGAUGAUCUCUGCGUGCGCUUCAUCGUCAACCUGCCCAAUGAAGAAUUGCAGUCAGUCGAGCGCAUCUGCUUCCAGAUCGAGGAGGCACAAUGGUUCUACGAAGACUUCAUCCGCCCGCUCGACCCAAACAACCUCCCCUCGAUGCACCUGCGCAAGUUCUCCCAGCUCAUGUUCCAGCACUGCCCGCUGUUUUCUGCCUACUCAGAACAGCUGCACCAACAGGCCUAUGAGCAGUUUCUCGCCUACAAGACACGCGUCCCGGUGCGCGGGGCUAUUAUGUUGAACGAGGACAUGACACAUGCUGUGCUGGUCAAGGGAUGGAAAAAGGGUGCCAAAUGGAGCUUUCCGCGUGGAAAGAUUAACAAGGAAGAGACAGACCUGGAUUGCGCCGUCCGAGAAGUCUGGGAAGAGACCGGCUUCGACCUCAGGGAGGCUGACCUAGUCGAGCCUGACGAGAACAUGAAGAAGAUUACCGUGACGAUGCGUGAACAAAGCAUGAUGCUCUACGUAUUCCGCGGAGUGCCAAUGGAUGCGCAUUUUGAGCCACAGACAAGAAAGGAAAUCUCAAAGAUCGGCUGGUACAAGCUGACCGACUUGCCUACCCUAAGGCGGAAGAACCAGGCCCAACCACAACAGGGGCACGGACAGGAUUUGAUCAAGGAGAGCAGUUUCUACAUGGUUGCUCCCUUCCUCGGACCUCUAAAACAGUGGAUAAAGCAGCAAAACAAGCUAGGGAGACAAAGGCUACGGAACAGCGCACACAUUACACCAGCACAAGUGGCAGGUACUGAUGACGAAGAUGCUCAGCCCGGGAUCUACAGAAGUACUGCUGGCCAGAUUGCAAACAAUACACAGUCAAAUGAUGAUUUCGCCAACAUGGUGGCCCAGCUAGGUCGCACUCACCGUCCAAGCGAUACUCUGCCAGAACUGUCUGGACAGCAACAUGCAUCGCAGCAGCAAAGCCAGGAUCCUGCCGAAGCACUUAAACGGCUACUUAGUGUGGGCAUGCCAUCUUCGGCAGUAGAAGCACCUGGUAAUCCAGCUCCGAACCCGCAGCAGGCUAACCCACUUCUGGCAUUAUUCAAGCAGGGCAAUAGCCAGCCCGGAGUGGGCCAGCCCCAGACACCAUUCGAGCAGAUCAUGUCUACACCUGUGCAGCCGUCAAGCCCCCAUGGUCAACACCAUCCUCGGCCGCCACAGAUGCAGAAUAUGGGACCUCCGCCACCGUUCUACACACCUCCAGGACCUUCAAACCAUUUCAACAAUAUGCAACAUCCACAACAUAUGCAGCAUCAGUUCAUGCAGAGUCCACCCCAACAUCCAGGUUCAAUGUACUCACACCAGCCCCCGACGAUGCAGCAUGCAUUUGACCAGCGAAACCCACAAUUGUCCCAUGACAUGAGUGACUCUCAAUUCGCAGGAGGUAACGGAAGGCCUGUCAUACCUCCUGCAUCCAAAUUGCCUGCUCCCAACCUCAACCCGCAUGCAUUGGGCUUACUGAAUUCUUUCAAAUCCAACAACCGGCAGUCUCCUGCUCCCCAAUCGCCCCAGACAACCGUCGCUGCCCCACUGCACCGAAACCAGCAAACAACUCCCAGGAUAGAACAUCCUCUCCCUCAGCAUUUGCCUCAUGGACUCGUUUCGCCGCAUGGACAACAAUUUUCCGCAAGUCCGCCACACUUUCAAUCACCGCAAUUUCAGUCGCCGCCAAUUGCCUCUAACUUUGUGCCGGAGCAACCGAAGCCAAGGAAUCUUCACCAAGAUUCUUUGUUGUCGCUGUUCAGGCCUACUCCUCCAUUGGCAAGUCCUGAGCCGGCACCUGCAGAGCUGUCGGCAUUUCCUACAACUCCAGCUUUUGCUUCUGCUCAACCGGCUGCAAACCCCUCCGAGUUACCUAACACAGGCGUGUCAGGUACUCAUGGCGCUCUUCCUACCAGGGCGAAGAUUACGUCGGCCACCGUGAGUGGCCCAGUGAACGCUCCGGACUUUGACACCAUGAAGAAACACAGGCAGUCUGCAAACGGGAGUUCAUCUGGACAUUCACCGGCCACGAACAUGCCAUUCAUGCCUCAGCAGAUUCUCAAGCGUCCUCCUCAGGCUUCUCCACAAAGUAUUACAAAGGUUUCUCCGUCACCCCAGCAGCCGACUGAGGUAUCAGCCUCACCUCAACCGGCAUUCAAGCCGCAGAUCCUCAAGCGUCCUCAACAGCAAGAGCGGAAACCAACGCCUGACGGAAAUAGUUCGUCUGGACCAGCAGCACCCGUGACUAAACCCACACCGCACGCCCAGGGGUUGUUGGAUAUGUUCAAGGGAAACUCGCCCCAACCCCCUCCCGCUCAACCAGCAGUCUUACCAUCUCGCUCACCGGUGCCUCCACCCGGAUCCGCAAUGGACCGCCGCGACUCUGUCCCUUCAGACCAGAAAAAUGUGCUGCUUUCCCUCUUUAGUAGCAAGCCGUCUCCUUCGCCGAAUUCUCAAGCGAAAAGUCCAAUACCCCCAGCGCGCUCCCCUUUUGCGCCUACACCAAAAACGUCAAUGUCGGGUAUCAUCAGUCCAGUCAGUCCUUUGCCCACAAACGGCAGCGCUGGUGCAGUUAGUCCAGAAGGAAUGGCGAAUCGUAGUAGGAUUAGCAGUAUUGGAGACGGAACGGCUCCCAGCAUCGUCAUUCCACCUCCCACUAGCCAUCCGGUGGACAGUGCAGUAGGCAUGUCACGGGGAGAAGGUAUGAACUUGGGUGGUCUUGGAACUCAGGGUUUGCCCGGAAGUGCGAUUGAAGGCAAGAGUCCUGUAGAUAAGACAUUCUUGUUAGGUUUCUUGGAAGACGUUGCCAGGCGCGGGCGUUGA